ACAAAGCCUGGCGGAGGAGGAAAGAUGGCACCAAAGGGAAAAAAGAAUAAAAAGCCUGGAACCAGGGAGACUUCAGUCCGAAGUUCUGCUGCUUCAAAGAAGAAACGGAGCAAAUCUGCAGAAAAACUUUUGAAACAAGAAGAGGAAAAGAAGCAUUUGGAAGAAGAAGAAUUACGAUUGGCAGCUGAACAAUUGAAACGAGAAAUUCUUGAACAAAAGAGACUUGAGGAGGAAGAGAGAGCAAGAAUAGCAGCAGAGGAUAAGGCACGUAAAGACAAUGAACUACCUGAACUUUUCCAAAUUUUGGAAAGGAAUAUGGCUUCCGUUCAGAGGUUACGCAAAAAUCUUAGAGAAGUUAGCAAGUGGCAACGUUACAUGAAAUGUGAUGGAACCCCUGAUCCAACGGUUCCUCAGGAAAUUAAUAGCUUCAUAAAUCUUUCCAAGGAGGAUCCAGAUAGAAAUAUUAAGUUGUUGUUUGAAGGAAGUAGAAUAAUACUAGAGCUUUUAGAUGAAUUGGAAAUGUUAUUAAGAGACACUCCAUCUGAUGAGUUGCUUGAGACAACUACAUCCCAGUACCAACAAACCAUUUGUGAUCUGCAAACUCUUCUCUCCAACAUCAAUGACAGAGCAACAGAUAUCCUCCUACAGAAAGCUAUUGAUCUUGUUGACAUUGAGACUGGAAACAUGCAAGAAGUAGUUAAAGAUGAAAACAUCACUCUUUGUUUGUGGGCAAACUUCAACAAAAAUCCCAGAUUCAAGGGCUAUGAAUUUGUUAACAAUCAUAUGGAAUUUGAACUCCCUCGACCCCUGGCUAUGUGUGAUAUUGCUGUACGAAUCUUACACACCCAAUAUGACCACAUAUCUUGCCAUAUACCUCAGUUUCAAGCUCAACAAAAAGCUUUUAUAAGUAAGCCUUAUCUAUUUGUAGUUGAGGAGGACACGGAAGCACAGGUUCAAGACCAGGAAGCCAUUAAAGAUCAGGGAGCCAUUGAAGACCAGGAGGCCAUUGAAGACCAGAAAGCUGUUGAAGAACAGAAAAUCGCUGAGUCCAAGUAUACUUUGGAGGCUAAGCUACUGAUUGGUGAAGAACUAAGACUUCCUCGUCCAAUGAGAACCAGGAGUGCUUUGACUGUUGAUUCCAGAGAUGAAUUGAGAAAGAAGACCCCAAGCUCUGUGAUGUCUUCAAGAGCGAGAAGUCUAGAUCUUUUUCAUGAAAGUGCAUCCAAAGAGGCAAUAGAUCAACAUAUUGUUGACUUUAAUCAGUACACACCUCUGGGCGGAGUAUAUUAUUUUGACGUGUUCAAGUUGCCACCUCAGCCCGUGUUUGUUAAUGGAUGGAGAAUUGUCCAGCUAUCGGAUACAGGUUUGCAACCAUUUCCCUAUCCAUUGGUGACAUCCAAGGAUAGCACUUCCUUACUGCCAAAUCCUGAUGAGAAGGAAGGCGAAAACCAACCUGUGCCACCUGUAGGAAUCACCAUCAAGCUCCCUCCGAGGGCAUUAUUUUUUGAACAACCCAAGCCUGCUAGAUGGGAUGCAAAAGGAGUACAGUGGAGGACGGAUGGCAUUCACAAUGUCACGUUUGAUCCAGAGACAAAAUUAAUAUCCUUUAAGAUGGACAUGUUCAAUACUUUCACCCUAAUUCAGGGAAAUUACGUCAACAUGCCUUUCCAGUCCUGGGAAAUCAAGCCAGUGGGAGAAAAUGAGGCUCUUUUAUCUGUUUCUGCUGCUUUAACUGUAGUGGAAAUUCAAAUCAAGGAUCUGUGCCAACUGUGUCCUGUUUCUAUUGAGGACAACCUCUCACACAUAAGAGGAAAAUGGAUGACAGCUUCCAGUCUAAUCAUUGCGAUGAUAAAUGCAGGGCUGAACAUUUUCCCAGGAAAUGAAUCCGAGAAAUAUGUUAAGAAAACUGAAAAGAACAAGCAACGGGAGCAGGAAACAUACACACAGAUGGCUCUUGUGACCUCUGCAGUAGCCUUCAGAUGGAGCAAGUGGAACUUGUCCUGUGAGCAGGAGGAAAUAGUUCUUCAGGCCUGUGAAAAUCUCACAGGAGAGACACCAGAAGAGGACAACUGGUCUCUCUACCUGGUGCGGCCAGAGAGAUCGCAAAAGCUGAAGAUAAAGGAAUCCAGUGAAGAAUGGACAAAGGAAAUUGCUGAGAACACAGAACUGUACUCCAACGUGUACCACAUGAUGAGGGGCCAGGCCAGUGAUGUUGCUGAGGAAAGGAUUCUGAACACUGAUCACCUCUUUUUCACCAACGUGUGUGAAAUUUUACAAGCCACCAAGUUGCUGACAAGCACAGCACCGGUCAACUGAAGACUUUAUUGAG